CAAACGGGUUUGGGUGAUGUCCCGCCCACGGGAUUACCCACAGCAUAUACAGUCGUAUAAUUAAGAAGAUCAUCCAAAGAUUAAGUUGAGAAUAUAAGAGGUUGAGGCAGAGACACCCUAUCUCAACUCUAAUAAGAUCAUUCGUUUGGUGUAAAAACAAAAUAAUAUCCGAUUUCUUAAAACCAAAAAAAAUAAUAUUAAAAAAAUAAUUUUUAUAUGUAGCAGAAAAAAUAGCAGUUUAGGAAUCCGUCUCUAACAAUUGGGUUGGUGAAACUCUCUAUCUCAUGAAAAAAAGGUUAAAGUAACUUAUCAAAAAGAAUCAAGUUAUGGAUCAGCAUGAAAAAGUUUGUUUUUCGGAUCCCAUCUAAUGAACAGGGAAUGAAUAAAAAUGCCCCGCUUCGCCUCCCUUGUUGCCCCUCCACGCUCCUGCUACCGUUGCCUGACUUGGAACCCUGAUGAUGAACGGGAAUACCGCAACCAACGGUCUAGAGUCACUGCCCUGGUCGGAUUCCAAACCGCCGCCCCUCCCUCCCCAUCUCCACCCGUGGACGUUGGGGGAGUUUCGGUGUGCCUGAUGGGGCCUACCAUCACCACCAUCGUUGCGAUCGUCUACUUUUUGCCAACCCUCCGAGUGAGAGUGAAUGGACCUACUUUUUUCUUUUUUGGACAAAUCUUGAUCCCUAACGAGCGGUUAGAAUCCAAUCUGAAACCACCCAUACUGCUCGAUCCAAGGACCCCGAUCCGUUGACUCCACCCAAAGAGGACAGAAAGAAAACCUUUCUUGGUCCCCUCCCAUCGCCGAAACUCACACCCGGUCCGCGUGCCUCCUCCGCCUUCGGCCGCCGCGAUGCAGCGGCGAAAACACCUCCUUUCCUUCUUCUCUUUCUUCUUAGUGUUCUCCCUUCUCUCCGGCACCACUGCCGCAUCCUCAGAGGACGCCUGCGAUCCCCGAUCCCUGCCGGACCCGCUGACCUUUCGGCCGGACCAGCUCACCGUCCUCAUCAGCGGCUAUUCGGAGCGCCGCCUCCCGCUCCUGCGCUCCCUCGCAGCCGGCUACGCCUCUCUCCCCUCCGUCGCCGCGGUCAUCAUCCUGUGGGGCAACCCUUCAACACCUUCCCACGUGCUCUCGCCCCUCCUCUCCUCCUCCUCCAAAGUCACCCUCGUCCGCGACCCGUCCCCGUCUCUCAACGCCCGGUUCCUGCCGCGCGCCGCCAUCCGCACGCGUGCCGUGGCCGUCUGCGACGACGACGUGGAGGUCGACCACCGGUCCCUGGCCUUGGCCUUCGCGGUGUGGAGGUCCCACGAGCACAGCCUGGUGGGCUUCUUCGCGCGGUCCCACGACCUGGACCUGGCACGCCGGACCUGGAUCUACACCAUCCACCCGGACCGCUACUCGAUCGUGCUCACCAAGUUCAUGAUCCUCGGAACCGACUACCUCCACCGCUACAGCUGCUGGACCCGCUUAGCCGAGGCGCGGCGAUUGGUGGACCGCCAGCGCAACUGCGAGGACAUCCUCAUGAACUUCGUUGUCGCCAUGGCCAUGGCCGCGGAGGGCAGGGCGGGGCCCGUCACCGUGCUGGUGGAGGGCAGGAGGGUCAGAGACUGGGGCGACCCCCGGAACAGCGGAAACAGCAGCAGCAGCAGCAGCGACGACCGUCAUGGUGAUGCAGUGAAAGAGCAAGAGAGGGAAAGAGAGAUCACACGGGUGGGAUUGAGCGCCAGAGCGGACCACCGGAAGAGGCGUGGGGAUUGCAUCAGGGAGUUCCACCGCAUGCUGCGUGUGAUGCCCCUUAGGUACAGCUACGGGAAGGUGGUGGAGGGGCUCGGUGAGCAGGGUCUCUGCCUCAAGGGUGCGAAGCUGGUCUUCUGCGAUCGAGACUAGCCCCUGAUUUCUAUUGUCACCCAACCGUUUUCUGCAUCUUCGUCUUAAAAAGGGGAGGGGGGUGAUGGCGAUGGACUAGUUUAAUAAAAAUUAAACCCUACCGCUUUAAAUUGAAGAGUGCUAGCCUCCAGUUAUAGGCGCCUCA